GCUAUGAGAACGCGUCACCCGCUCCUCUAUCAACUAUUAAAAAGUUUCGUUUGAAUUUGGAACACAGUUUAUGUAAUCAGACGAAAAUUAAAAAGUUGGUUUUGAAUUUCGAGCGGCGCGGUUUUGGAAUUCGAACAUAGAAUAAGGACAAACGCGAUAUUGUUUUUAUUGUGACGUUUGAAUAGCGCGGGAAUUGUGCCAGUGUUUUUUCUAUCAAAUUGUGGUUUGAGUUUUUUAAAAGGUACCUAAAGUGAGUGCGCGGAAAAUUUGACGUUUAAGUGGUGUUGCCAGUGUAUUUAGUGGAUUGACAUUUAUGUGUAGGAAAAUGUUUAAUGCAGAAUACCAUUUUUCUAGCAAGCUUCUGGACCUGUUGACGAAAGGUAGCGGUCAGCGCGAACUCCCAGUCGCCCCCAGUAACGGUGAAGGAGGGGGCGGCGGGGCGCGGCGCUGCGCGCGCGAUGCGGCGUCGCCCGCGCACGCGCCCGCGCCGGCGCCGCCGCACGUCAAGAUUGAGCGGCUCAGCCCCCACGACUCCACUGCCUCCAGAUCCCGCAGCGUGACGCCGUCGACGUCGUCGUACCCGGGCACGCCGCCGGAGCGCGGCAGCCCGCACGCGCCGCCGCCGCACCCGCCCCGCAACUAUUCCGACAUCAUGCGCUCCCUCGCCGCGCGGUACAACAGCCCGCCCAAUGACUACUUCCACCGCAUGAACGGCUUCGGCGCGGAUCGUGCGCCGGCGCAAGAAGCGACAGAUGCGCCGCUCGGCGGGCUGUUCACGAAGAUGGCCAAACAGCAGGGCGGCCCGCCGCGGCUACCUGCCUUCCCUGUCAUGCUCGACAUGAGCUCGACUAAGACGCUGCUAGCGAUAUCCCGAGUGGGGCGCGGCGGUCGCUCGCGACGCAAGCGCGCCGGUACAGCACCAGAGCAUUCUCCACUGGAUCUGUCUGCUGCUGGCGAGAGUGCAGCCAAGCGCGCGAGACUUUCCGCCAGCCCUAGUACCAGGAGCGAUAGCGGCGAGAGGGACCCGAUGUCUAAUGAUGAGCGAGGCGAUCGAGACUGUCUGUGCGCGGAGGCGCGCGCGCGGCUGUCUGCGUGGACUGUCGAUGACGUUUGCGAGUUCGUCACCUCCAUCGAUAUCUGCGCAGAAUACACAGCGAACUUCCGCGAGCAGAGAAUCGACGGCGCCGGUCUUCCUCUCCUCACCGAAGACCACCUAACAGGCAUGCUGCAGAUGAAGCUAGGGCCGGCACUCAAGCUCAAGGCCGUCCUGGCCAGGCGGCUCGAGCCCUGCGCCGGCUGCCAGGCCCAGGCCAGCCCCACCGCUAUCAGGAUAAACGGGGCAGCCCUGAAGCCCGAACCGCGGAGCAACACCACUAGCCCUAGUUAGGGUCGAAAUAGUAUUAAUUUUUCUUUUUAAUCAUGUCGUAUUUCGUGUUUCCAAGCGGCCAGGCUCAGCGCGAUUCUUCAGUCAUAUUCUAAAACAAAUCACGUAUGUCAAAAAUAUGUGAUUUUGGCGAAUGCGCUUGAGAAUCUGAUUUUAACAGAGUUUUAAAUAUAACAGAAUAAUCAAUGUCAUUUAUAAUUAUAAUAAUUGAAUACUUUUACUUGUCAUCAAGUCCGAUGAUUAGUUAUUUUUUUAAUAGUUUGGAAUACAUCAAACACGAUUCAUGCCUGCACUAGCUAAUACGACUCCUAAGUCAUCGAGUCCACGUUUCAGUCUUCCUGUAUUUGUAUAUGUAGAUUUUGCAUUUAGUUAAUUAUUACAUUUAGGUGUACACUUAGCUUAAUCUAUGUAAAUAUAGAUCGUGUAUUGCCGUCCAAAAUGACUUAAUGAAUAAUAUUGUGAAAUAUAUUUGUGUCUUAAAUACUUCGAGGACCUUAAAUAUUAAAAUUCGGUGCUAAGACCCUGAGGGAAUAUAAAAACAGUAGAAACUGUUUAAAAAUGUAUAUAACAGCCGUUUGUAAAAAUUGUUACUUAUAUAUUUUGAGGCUACUAUAAUCUACAUCUAUACAGGGUCACAAAGAUAUACUGUAUAUACAAUAUACAUACAUAGUUUGUUAAGAUGUAUAUUUACGUCACUGUAUCAUAGCAUUUAAUACACCUGAAAAAAGCUCAGUAUAUUGAUACCGACUACAGUAAUAUUACUUAGUACAUAAUACGAUUGUAUAAUUUAGUAUAAAUAAAACCUUUUUCAAACCUGCAUAAUAUUUGUCUGUAAAAACGAUGUAAAUAAGAACGUUCCACUUGUGACUAGUUUUCAGUUCUAUACUGUAGAGAUAAUGUAUUACAAUGUAUCGAGUAGGUUUUUACCUGUGGUAAUCUCCUUAAUUGCCAAAAUAGUGUAUGUUCAGCAACAUAUAGACAAUACGUAUGUAUACAUACAAUAUGUUAGAGUAACGUGAUGGACAAGCGAGAAAACACUUUUCUUUGAAAGGCACGGUAAUAAUUUUCUAUUGUAUUAAAUCGUAAACAGUACGUCUUCCAACACAGAAAUCAUAACAAUAGUAAAUAGUACUGAAAUCAUAAUAAACUUAGCAUAAUCGCAUCACAUACGAUUAAACAAUAUAUAAAGGUGCUAUUUUGAUAAAAAACUUUGCUCGUGCCUUAAAAUAAACAGUCUUCCUAAAAUGAAAAUAUAGCCAGAUGUUAAAGUAUUACGGUUCUACGCUUUAAAUCAGUUAAUACAAUAAUACUUAAUUAUAGAUAAUAAUUGAAAAUAUAAAUAGGUGAUGUUAUUUUAGCAUUAUAUUCAGAAUCAGUGCUUUUAUUAUGUAACUAACGUAUAAUAGGACCAGUGACUUACGAAUGAAUGUUUAUUGUGUGUAAAUUUUAUGUUUCAUGUGAUUUUAAGAGAUGACAAUAGUGUAGAUAUUCAAAAGAGUUUAGUUCGGUUGUUUCAUAAAAUAAAUUUCUUGACUAUUUUUUUAUGAAACAAAUCGUAAAACUCAAUUUCUUUGAAUCUGAUGAGUUUCAUGCGUGACACGAGUCCAAUUUAAAUCCAGAUAUUUAGUAAUUAUCACGGAGAAACUUUACAAGUAUAUUUCCCUGUCAUUGAAUUUAGUUUUAAUCAUUUUCAAAACCAUGUCCUUCUUUUUUACUUUAAAAACUACAUAAUUGGCAGUGAAAUAAGCUUUGAUACUUAAGUAUAGACUAAACUUUGUUUCUAACAUCCACUUCCAUAUUGCCGGUAGCAUCAAAACGCCAUAUGGGUAUGAGACAUUGCCGCAAUAAUUCAUGAAUUGAACUUUUAAAUGGUAUAAUUGAUAGGUACUUGUACCUAAUAUUUUGAUACUGCUCAUUUUGCGUUAUUUUACUACCGACUAAAUCAUAAAACUUAGUCUAUUUUGUUUCCGAAGUUACUAAAUAAUAUUAAUCAAGUAAACUCAAUCAGAAAGUUUUAAAUAGUUUCCAGAAGUCUUAAGUGGAAUAAAUCAAUUUUGCUACAACUAAAGCUACGAAAUAUUAGCUACAAAUGCUACUCUGCAAUCCACUUACGCCAUUUUUUUUUCAACCACAAUAUUAUAUACUCCGCCUAAUUAUAGACGGCCAAGCAAAUUUUGGAACUAAAAAAAGUGCGAAAUCUGAAAAUGAAAAAUAUAGGGGCGAAGGUCUAUCGUCCCAUAUAAAAUUUGAAGAUCGCGCGUUUUUCUAGUGACAAAAUUGGCUCGACCGUCUAAAACCACUGUUUUUUUUUUCGGAAUCCAAGACUCGUGUACGCAUGAGAGUGACAGACGCUCCAUUUUAACAUCUCUAUCUCCUUCUUAAUAGCAUCAUUAAAGCAAGACAGCUAGUGCUAACACUACAAAAUAACAAUGCUAAGUUGGAAAUGGAAAAGUACUGAAUGCGUCUCUUGAAUGGCACAGUGGUACAGUGUCUGAUAACUCAAAGACUUGUCUUAUGUUAUUAUUAGAAUAAAGAAUAAUUAUGUAUAACAAGGUAUUAGUCACAUGUUUCUUCGCAUUGUACUUAGUUUAUGAAUGUGCUUGUUUAUCUGUUUACGGACUUUGGUUCCGAUUUUAUGUGGAAAGAAUUAAAAUGAUGAAUAUUGAGAUAA